AUGAACAUCCUCGUCUUGACCGCGGUCUUUUCCGCUGGAAUUGCUUCCACCUAUGACAUACCCAAGAAUCUCCAACAAAUCUACAAUAAUCACAAGAAUGGCAAAUGCAACAACAAACUUGCGGGAGGUUUCACAGAUGGCAUCGGUGGUGCCACAACUUUCGCAUACUGCGGUGAUAUCAAUGGCGCUAUUUUCCUUCACAGCCUCGGCAACGGCGGUCAAUACGACAAUAUGGACGUGGAUUGCGAUGGAGCUAACAAUUACGGCGGUGAUUGUGCCAAUGAUCCGUCGGGACAGAGCCAGACCGCGUUCAUGGACUCUCUUCCCCAGUAUGGGAUUCAGGACUUGAAUGCCAACGUGCACCCUGUGAUGGCGGUGGUUUGCAACAAUCAGCUGCUUUACGGCAUCUGGGGUGAUACCAACGGCUAUGACUCUACCGGUGAAGUCUCUAUCGCGCUCGCCCAAAUGUGCUAUCCGAACGAUGGUCUCACCGGCGACAAUGGCCACGGCCCCGAUGAUGUGCUCUACAUUGGAUUCACUGGCAGCGGUGCUGUCCCGGGCGGCAGUGCUGAUUGGCAGGCCGGGGACCGCUGGACUUUCGAAGCUAGCAUCAAGGAUCUUGGUGAUCGCCUUGUGGCGGGUCUCCAGGCUUGA